GAUCGAUUUGGGCUCGAGUAGCUUUGCCUUCCUUCUCAGGUUUACUAGCAAGCUCUGAAAAAUAGAUUGAUCCAAAACAUCCCUUCUAGUUUUAGCGUUGUUGAAACAUCAUCAUAUGGACCGGCUCGCAUCUUUUGGAAAUGAUCCCUUUGAUAAACCACCGUGCAGAGGUUGUUCAUCUUAUCUUACUGAGCCUUACAUCAAGUGUGCAGAAUGUGGACCCUCACCUUUUUUACUAUGCCUCCAGUGUUUCACCAGAGGAUUUGAAUACAAGAAGCAUCAGAGUGAUCACAAAUAUGAAAUCAUGACAUCAGAUUUCCCUGUGUUGGAGCCUGGAUGGACGGCACAGGAGGAGAUGGCCCUGUUGGAGGCAGUAAUGGAUUGUGGUUUUGGAAACUGGCAGGAUGUGGCAUAUCAGAUGCGCACAAAGACCAAAGAAGAAUGUGAGAGCCACUACAUGAAGAAUUUCAUCAAUAACCCACUCUUCUCCUCCACCCUGCUCAGCCUGCGGAAAACAAAAGACUCACGCUUUGCAGAGGGCGCUAUUCCUUCAAACGUCACCACCGAUGAUCCCCCUCGGCCCACAUUUGACUCUGUACUAUCUCGAGACAUGGCUGGAUACAUGCCUGCCAGAGCAGACUUCAUGGAGGAGUUUGACAACUAUGCCGAAUGGGAUUUGAAAGACAUUGACUUUGUGGAUGAUGACUCAGACAUCCUUCGUGCUCUGAAGCUUGCAGUUGUUGAUAUCUAUCAUUCAAGAUUAAAAGAGAGGCAGCGGAGGAAAAAGAUUAUCCGAGACCAUGGCCUGAUCAACCUUCGCAAAUUCCAGAUGCUGGAGCGAUGUUACCCAAAGGAGGUGCAGGAGCUGUACGAUGUCAUGAGACGAUUUGCCAGAGUGGUUGGACCGAUUGAACAUGACAAAUUCAUCGAAAGUCAUGCACUGGAGUUUGAGCUGAGGAGAGAGAUCCGCAGGCUGCAAGAGUACAGGAAAGCAGGGAUCAAGUCUUUCUGCAGUGCCAAGGUGUACGAGCGGGUGAAGCGUAUGCGCGAGGACGAACGUAGGAAGAGGACCAUGUUGUGUGACGUGCUGCAGUACAUCCAGGAUGGCAGAGCCUGCCAGCAGUGGCUCAGCAAACAGGCCGCAAUAGAUGCUGGCAUCACUCCAGCUGUCACGACGAUCACAGUGUCAGCAACAGGUAGGCGGAGCGCCCCUCCUCUCAACCUGACCGGACUGCCAGGGACAGAGAAGCUCAACGAGCGGGAGAAAGAGCUGUGCCAGGUGGUGCGGCUGGUGCCGGGAGCCUACCUGGAGUACAAGCAGGCUUUACUGAACGAGUGCAGACGGCAGGGCGGGCUGCGGCUGGCACAGGCCCGAGCACUGAUCAAGAUCGACGUCAACAAGACACGUAAAAUCUAUGAUUUCCUAAUCAAAGAGGGCUACAUCACUAAGGCCUAGGAGCAUUUGAUUUAACCACAGAGGAGUUUUGAUUGUGGUUAGUUUUUCUUUUUAUUCUUAUAUCAUCGUAAGCUGUUGUUUUGUAAGAGUUUCAGAUUGUUGCUGCUCCUUUGAAAUAUUGUAGCAUUUGUAGGGUCCUGUUUUGUUUAUAUGGAGUCUUAAAUGUAUUAAAAUGAAAUGAUCUCUUUGUAUAAUUCUCUCAUAAAAACAGGGCCUCAUAUUAACAUAAGGAUGUAUUUAUUUCUCCUGUCAUAAAAUGUUUGUGAAAAAAAAUAUUUUCUGUGUAUAACAGCAUUUUAGUUUAAAUCUAACAGGCUCCACUUGGGCUGAAAUA